CGAUGAACAACAGUACGCAACUGCGUAAAGUAAUGAAAUCGGCAUAUUUUCGACGUAACAAUCAACAGUUACCAGGGCCGACCAGAUCAGCCAGGCUUUCUGGUAAUGGCUUCAUGCAUCCAUCAUUGCCACCUAGUUAUGGUCGUAGAUGGAAAGGAAUGCAAAGAACGCAAAAAAUGAUGACGAGAAAGAGCAGAAAUAAGCAAAAUACAUGUCGUUUUAAAAGCAAGAAGAAGCAAAACCUGAAUGCUCAAUCAAUGAUGGAAAAAAUUCCACCUAAUAGACAGAACGCAGACGGUUAUAUCAUGCGAAGAGACAGCGAAAGAAGCAACAAAUUUGUGACCGACGACGUUCUCCGUUCUUUCGGCGUUCUCGCUUCUGACUAUUCGGAAUAUGACGGUUUCACGUUGAAUACAUAA